CCCGAGACAACGUUGGAUGUAAAGCUCAAGUCCUUGGCUUGUGAAAAGAUAUUAGAAGAUUAGUGUAUAAUUUUACACAUUUUAUUUGUGCAUUUAACUGGAAAAAUAUCAAGCGGAAAUAUCGUGAUGGAUUUGUUUGCAGAUCUUCCUGCUCCCACGAACAAUACAAACUCGGGUGUGUGUGUGUUUGAGUGUUCAGGAAGUACAGAUGAAGAUGGCGUGCAGGACCGAGGAGAGAAGAGACACAGGGACGCGAACUCGGAUGACGAGCAGAAUAAGACGGAAAAGAAAGUUUGUAAAGGACUGGCGAAGCUGAAGGGUUUCGUGGCGGCACGGCGUGGCGAGCGAGAGGACAUGCAGGACGCUCAUGUCAUUUUACCUGACCUCCACACACAUACAAACGCGCUGCCAACACAUGUGUCCAGGCUGGCGUAUUUUGCUGUGUUUGACGGUCAUGGUGGUGCUCGAGCCUCUCAGUUUGCUGCUGAACAUCUGCAUCACAUGCUACUUAACAAAUUCCCUAAAGGAGAGGUCGAAAAUCUGGAUAAACUGGUGAGGAAAUGUUUGCUCGACACGUUUCGCCACACUGAUGAGGAAUUCCUGAAAAAAGCCUCGAGUCAGAAACCGGUAUGGAAAGACGGCUCCACAGCUACGUGUAUGUUGGUUGUGGACGAUGAUCUGUACGUGGCCAAUCUGGGAGACAGCAGAGCAGUGCUGUGUCGUGUGGAGCACACUGAGGAUGGAGAGGAGAGGUGUGUGUGUGUGGCUCUCAGUAAAGAACACAAUCCUACCAUCUAUGAAGAGCGCAUGAGGAUACAGAGAGCAGGAGGAAAUGUCAGAGAUGGGCGUGUGUUAGGUGUGUUAGAAGUUUCCCGUUCCAUCGGUGAUGGUCAGUAUAAACGCUGUGGAGUGAUUUCAACACCUGACCUGAGACGCUGCACACUCAGCCCAAAAGACAAGUUUGUGAUUCUGGCAUGUGACGGACUUUUCAAAGUGUUCUCAGCAGAGGAAGCUGUUCAGUUCAUCAACAAAAUUUUACAGGACAAGUCAGUGGAGACAAAGGAGGGGCAGACUGUGGAGGAGAGCCGUUACGAAACUGCUUGUCAGAAGCUUGCAAGCGAGGCUGUGAGGCGAGGCUGCGCAGACAACGUCACAGUCAUCCUUAUCUCCAUUGACUUCUGACCCAUUUCUCUCUCACACUUGCACCAGCUGAGUGUUUAGGUUUCUUGUUGUGUUUUAUUCAUUUUGAAACACUGAGUGUGGGGGAUUUUCAAUCAAAUAAAAAUCCUAACAUUGUCA